AUGGCUGCCGCUCUAAAUACAACAUUUUUCCUUCAGAGUAAACCUGGCUGUGGCCAUUCACUUCCAAGAAUCAAGCCUUUCAGAUUCAAGGCUCCCAUGGCCGCUCUCGCCACUGUUCCCACUGUCGGACUCGCCGAGACUUUCUCCAAAUUGAAACAACAAGGCAAAGUGGCAUUCAUCCCGUAUAUCACAGCUGGCGAUCCUGACCUUUCAACCACAGCUCAAGCGCUGAAGAUCCUUGAUUCAUGUGGCUCAGACAUUAUAGAAUUAGGGGUGCCUUAUUCAGACCCAUUGGCUGAUGGUCCAGUUAUCCAGGCUGCGGCUACACGUUCACUAGCUAGGGGGACUAACUUCGAAAAAAUUAUUGCAAUGUUGAAGGAUGUGGUGCCUCAAUUAUCUUGUCCAAUUGCAAUAUUUUCAUAUUAUAACCCAAUACUUAAGCGUGGUGUAGAGAAAUUCAUGAUCACUUUGAAAGAUGCAGGGAUACAUGGACUUGUUGUGCCAGAUGUCCCUCUGGAGGAGACAGAGAUAUUGAGAAAGGAAGCUGCUGAUAACAACGUGGAAUUGGUGCUGCUCACAACACCCACCACUCCUAUACCGCGAAUGAAAGCCAUCGUUGAAGCUUCAGAAGGAUUCGUCUACCUUGUGAGUUCAGUUGGAGUUACGGGAGCUCGUGCAUCUGUCAGUGAUAAGGUCCAAUCUCUCCUCCAUGAUAUAAAAGAGGCGACGAACAAACCAGUAGCAGUUGGUUUUGGUAUAUCAAAACCCGAGCAAGUGAAACAGGUAGCCGGAUGGGGAGCAGAUGGAGUGAUUGUUGGUAGUGCCAUGAUCUUUGUGAAAACCCUAACCGGCAAGACGAUUACUCUCGAGGUUGAGAGUUCCGACACAAUCGAUAAUGUCAAGGCCAAGAUCCAAGACAAGGAGGGCAUCCCGCCGGACCAGCAGCGGCUUAUUUUCGCAGGAAAACAGUUGGAGGACGGUAGAACCCUAGCCGACUACAACAUUCAAAAGGAGUCUACUCUGCACCUUGUCCUCCGCCUCCGUGGCGGCGGAACUUGGAGGAUUCCUUUCGUUGCUAAUCACUUGGUGAAAAAAAUUUCGCAGCUUAACCAAAAAGCGGAGAAGGAAUUGAUUAAAACUUGGUCCCGGGGUUCUACUAUUAUUCCCGAAAUGGUGGGCCAUAGGAUUGCUGUUUACAAUGGUAAGAAACAUGUGCCUUUUCGUAUAUCGGAGCAGAUGGUUGGCCAUAAAUUGGGAGAACUUCGCCCUCGUCGUCAAGCGAGAAGAGAAAGAGAAGUUCAGCAGAAGAAGGGAACGAAGAAGAAAUGA